AUGCCCGCGCUCGCGCCGCCUGCCAGCCUCCCCGCGCCCGUGCCUGCCUCCCCGCGCCCAUGCCUGGCUGCCCGUGCCCGCGCCACCUCCCCGCGCCCGUGCCCGCCUCCCCGUGCCCGCACCCGUGCCUGGCUGCCCGUGCCCGCGCCGCCUAAGGAGCUGUCCAUUGCUUCUGAGGGUCUGAAACACAGGGUUUUCGAGGUAUCCCUUGCUGAUCUUCUGGCUGAUGAGGAUCAAGCUUACAGGAAGAUCAGACUCCGUGCUGAGGAUGUGCAAGGGAAGAAUGUCCUCACAAACUUCUGGGGCAUGGAUUUCACCACCGACAAGCUCAGGUCGCUUGUCAGGAAGUGGCAAACACUCAUUGAGGCUCACGUGGAUGGGAAGACUGUGAGAACAACAGAUAACUACAUGCUUCGCAUGUUUUGCAUCGGCUUCACCAAGAGACGCCCAAACCAAGUAAAGCGCACCUGCUAUGCGAAGAGCAGCCAAAUCAGUCAGAUCCGCCGCAAGAUGGUUGAGAUCAUGGUCAACCAGGCAACCAGCUGUGACCUAAAGGAGCUUGUUCAGAAGUUCAUCCCUGAGGUGAUUGGGAAGGAGAUCGAGAAGGCAACAUCGAGCAUCUUUCCCCUGCAGAGUGUGUUUGUACGCAAGGUGAAGAUCCUGAAGGCCCCGAAGUUUGACCUGGGAAAGCUCAUGGAGGUGCAUGGCGACUACAAGGAGGAUGUUGGCAUGAAGGUCGACAGGCCUGCUGAAGGAGACGAGGCCAUCAUCCUUGGAGCGGAGGAUGUUGCUGCUGCUGCCGAGUAGAGGAUCACCUUUUGGGUGCUUCAACUUUUAGAUGUGGUUAUGGAUGGUGGUUAAAACUAAAUGUUUAGCUUUAAUUUCUGCAUGAGCACAAACAUUUUGCCUCUGUUGUGAAUUUUGAGAUUAUGCCACUGCGAGUUUGUGGCACGUUACAAAAAUUGCCAUUGAGAAAACGCUUGCUCGAGAAAUGCCUUCGAUUAUA